AUGUGCUGAAAGCCAGAGUCAGAAAGCAAAAGGGGAACUCUGAAACUCACAGCGUGUUAACAGGAAGACUGAUUUCUAUCUGAAGAGCUGCAACUGAGAGCGCUGGAAAAUGUGUAAAGGAUUAGCUGCUUUACCCCAGUCCUGCCUGGAAAGGGCCAAGGAGAUCAAGCUGAAAUUGGGAGUUUUACUGCAGAAGCCGGAAAAUGCCAUCGACCUCAUCAUCCCCUACCCGGAGAAGACCGAGAAGAAGCCGGAGAAGCUGCAGAAGCCUGCUCUCGAGGAGGCUGCUCAGUGGCGUGAGAGUCUGGACCGAGUCCUGAACAACAGCUAUGGUCUGUCUGCCUUCCGCAGCUUCCUGCAGUCCGAGUUCAGCGAUGAGAACAUCGAGUUCUGGAUGGCCUGCGAGGACUUCAAGAAGACCAAGAACCCUGUGAAGAUGGCCGCCAAGGCCAAGAAGAUCUAUGAAGACUUCAUCCAGUCUGAGGGACCCAGAGAGGUGAACAUUGAUCACUCCACCAAGGAUGUGACCCUGAGAAACCUGGUGGACCUCUCCCCUGUGACCUUUGACCUGGCCCAGAAGAGGAUCUACGCCCUGAUGGAAAAGGACUCCUUUGGCCGUUUCCUCCGGUCCGAGCAGUACCAGGAGCUCCUGGUCAACUAAGCCAGAGCAGGAAAGCUGAGGAGUCGGGGGGGGGGGGGGGUUCAAACAGCAGUUACUUAUAAUGAAAAUAUUAGGACACAACUUCUAAUUUUUUAAAAUUAAAUAUUUCUAAUAAACUACCACUGUGUAUGGGAGCUUGAGAACCGAAGAACUUUUAUUUUACAAAGCAUUCAAAUAGAUCAAGUGUGAAAAAAUUACUUGAAAAUCAUGUUUCAAAAUUUAGCUAAAAGGGAAGGACUGCCUUUUGAAACAGCCCCACCUCCCCCCCGAACACACACAAACACACACAUUCUUGAACUUAUAUCUACGUGACGACCUGCAGUUAACAUCAAUCAACAACCUGAAACCUCACAAAAAGGUUGAAAUACAGGUCAUCAAGAUCCACAUCAAACCGUGUGUCUAUAAAGAACAUACAACUCAAUCUUAUCAAUUAGGCCACAAAGUCAGUUCUUUAAUUUUAAAAGCAUAGGCAAAGUAUUGUCGUGAUAUUACCCCUAGAAGACAGUACCUGACUCGACUUGUGUGUCAAGGUGUUGUGGCUUUGACAUACAUGCUUACACAGAUUUCUAGUUAUGUGUAAGUUUGACCCCACUGGCUGCCAAGGAUGAACUUCUGUCAAAGAGCAGUAACAAUGUUAACAAAAAAAAGGAGGCCUGACCUGGCAUUGGUUUCACUACAGGUGAAAAGGAAGGAAGAUUACUGGUCUUACCUUUUGACCUCCAUGUUGUCUUCACUGUCAACAAACACUAACCAGUCUGGAAAAUUCAAAGCAUCCAAAAUAGACCAAGAAAAAGCAGCAUCACAGUUACAGCUGGGCAUUUUACACAAAGACGGUCUCAUGCAGCACAACACAUUUGUAUAAAUUAGCUGUUUCCUGGCCAGAUGAGGCAACCACCUAGCUCACUUAGACCUAAAAACAACCGUGCCUUAAUGUAAAACUGAUGCAGAUGGUGGAUUGUUUUUAAAAAGACAGUAAACUGUUACCAGGGGUCAAUCAAAAUUAAUCAAAUUAAAAUCUGACUAAAAACAAUUUGCAGGUUUUGACAAAUGAAUAGGCUGAACCCAAAAAAAAAAAAUCGCAGAAAUGUUCAAUCAUUUUAAAACAGUUGUGACCCUCCUUCUCUUGCUGUAGAUAUACACAUCUUACUCAGAGAGAUGUCAGAGUGACCUAUUAAGUGCUUUGUGGUUUUCUUAGGAAGACUCAAAAGAUGUAAUACUGAGAGCUUGGAAAGGACUACAGGAGAAAACCAAUAGGAAACACAGUUGGUUAUUCUUAAAUUAAUAGAUCCCUUUAAUCAUUUCCAGCAAGGACCAAAUAUUUUGUCAUUUUAAAAAAAGAACCCUAACCCGUUACAUAGCGGACCCCCCUUCCAGUAUCAAUGCAUGAAUAAUGAUGAUCGCAUAACUCUCCCUUUUGCCUCUUCUCUCUCACACUCACAUAGGCAGCAAGUUUGGAUUUUCACCAACAAAACCCCCUUGGUUGUGGGGCAUCCUGUGAGAGCCAUCCUUGAGAACAGUGCUGACUAGUUGGCUCAGUGGUCGAGCUCCUUGGCUACCACUUAACUGCAAGUUGCUAAGAUGGGAAAAUCAAGUAGGAGGGAAUCUCAGAAAAAGAAGUGAACAGAGCAGUAGUUUUAUAUAAUGAGGUCUUUUUCCCAUGUGAUAAUACCAAAGUUACCGUAUAUGUAUGCAUGCUAAAAAAAAAAGUUAUUAAUAAAUAAGUGGUAAUUUACUGGUAAAAACUAAAAAAAAAUCAAAACAAAACAUGGGAAACUGAACUUGCAGGUUGGUUUUGAGCACUAGAUAUUGACAAUACUCAUCAUAUUUAAAGUUUAAAAUCAAAGUUUAGAGUCAUUAAGGGAAUAGUGGCACUGCGAUAAUAGUCACACUUGAUAAAUCCAAUGCUUUAUGUACUUUUCAUGUUAUUUUCCAGAUUAGCACUUUCCACUUUUAGCCACAAGUUAUUAUCCACUACUACAUACUGUAUCCAAACACUGGUAUUCACCUAACUUACACUAAGACGAGACACAGACUGACGGUGACGGUGGAGUUGGUGUUGGUGUGCAAUGUUAAAGUGUUCUAAAUAUAUACAUUUAGUUUGAUGUAGCAACCAUAAAGUCAUUAUAUUUACUCUUUAAUGUCUUUUUACAUUAGACAAAAGCAUAUGUGUCUUAACCCAAACAAAAAUAUGAAUUAGAUAUUCAGCAUUUCAUAAGUCCUUAUUGUUCCCAUGAUUACAAAUAAUCAAACCACUGGAAAUAUGACAGGUUAGGAGGUCAGGAGUGACAUAUUUCUCAACUUAUCAAUUGAUGUUUUUUAUUUUUUUUUAUUGAUUACUCAGAAAAUCUGUCAUUGGAAUGAACAACAAAUCUCAAAAAUCUGACUGAAAGUUUCCCAUUCAAUUUUAACAACAUUGACAAGGGUUUGCUCUGACACAGAUUGGCCAGUCUGGUGUCUGAACCUACGCAACAAAAAUCACAGACAAAUCAAUAAGGGCUUUAACACUGCUGAGUAUGCAUUAUUCCAUGUAGCCUUGCAUGUAUGUUUUGGAGUUAACCUCAUAAAAAUAUAUAUAUGCAUACAAUUCCUGAAGAUGUAUUUAUUUUUACGUGUAAAUAUCAACUAUUUACAAGCAACUGUUGCUAAGUUAUUCUUAAAUACAGCAAUGGAAUCCAUGAUUCUUUGAAUGGAGAGCUGGUAAAAGACUCUGCCCAGAGUCUUUUCUCUGUUAUAAAAGAGGAAACAUCUGA